AUGAACGACGGGAUGUUGUUGGGCCAACUACCCGAGGCGCUCCGACACGAUAAGGAGGUUGUGCUUUCGGCCGUGGCGCAGAACGCGGCGGCGCUCGAGCUGGCCCCGGACAGCCUCCGCGCUGACGCGGAAGUGGUGCUCGCGGCCGUGAAGCAGGACGGCGGGUUGCUGCGGCACGCCUCGCCGUCUCUGCGCGCAGACAAGGUGGUGGUGCUGGCCGCCGUGCGCAGGGAGGGCUCCGCGCUCCUUCACGCCGCGGCCUCGCUGCGGGCGGACUUGGAGGUGGUCGCCGCGGCCGUGCGGCAGGACGGCGACGCAUUGCGGCACGCCGCGCCCGCCUGCCGUGCCGACGCGGAGAUCGUGCUGUCGGCGGUGCGGCAGAAUGGCUGGACCUAUCAGCUCGCCUCGCCGGAGCUGCAGGGGCGCCGGGAGGUGGCGCUGGCCGCCGUGCGACGGGACCCGCUGGUGUUGCAGCUGGCGCCCGAGCACCUGCGGGCAGACCGGGAGGUCGUGCUCGCGGCCGUGCGGCAGGACGGCCUGAUGUUGCAGGUCGCCGCAGAGCCGCUCAAGGCCGACAGGGAGGUCGUUCGCACGGCGGUGCGGCAGCACGGCUGGCUGCUGGACCUGGCCGCGGAGCCUCUGAGGUCGGACCCGGACUUGCAGCGAGAGGCCGCAGGGGAGGCCCGCAGAUGA